AUACAAUCUUGGGAGCAGCUGAUCUUGUUUCCAUUCACAUCACGAGUUGAAAGAUCAUGGAGAAUACUCGUAAAAGAAAAAGGUCUCUGGGUCCGGAUAUUCAACUCCAUCCAACUGAGCGAGUGGAAUUUCUUAGCGCAAAUGGCGACCCGGAUGAAACCGGAGAAUCUCUUAAUUCAUCUGUGUGGCAAUCCAUUCAGACGUGCUUCCGACCGAUCUUCGGGGUUCUGAUUGUGUUCAUGUCGGCAUUCAUGUUCAGCACCACCAAUGUGAUGGUCAAGGCUGUGGACAGAGUGGAUCCCUUCACGAUUGCCUUCUUCAGAUUUCUGGGCAUUUUGUUUCCGGCCAUUUCUGUCAUCUUGUAUCAGAACAACGAGUUCUUCCCCAAAGGCCACAGGAAGAUGCUCAUUACUCGUUCGAUAUUGGGGAGUACAAAUCUACUCAUUCAUUUCUUCGCCCUGAAACAUAUGCCCAUUGCUGACGUGAAUAUGGCCGCAGCUGCGGCUCCUGCUCUAACCGUGUUAUUUGGCAGGAUAUUCUUGAAGGAGAAGAUCAUCAUUUUGGACGGUAUCAAUUUGAUUCUGGUUGUGUUUGGAGUCAUAUUGAUCAUCAAACCUCCGUUCAUCUUCGGCUAUGGACCAGAAUAUCAACGCGAUCCAAAAUAUUACACGGCGGCUAUUUCUGUGUCUGUGGGUUGUAUUCUUCAAGCGAAUGUGUACAUAGCUUUACGAAUGCUUAAAAGUGUCCCGUUCGCGAGUGUUCUCUUUGUCUUUGGCUUAAUAGGAGCCAUGGAAAGUGCCAUAGGUGUGCUCUUGUUUGCCACCCCGUGCAUGCCAGCUUGUGGGUCAGAUCGAGUUUAUAUGGUGGCGGUGGGAUUUCUUAGCUUCCUCGCUCAAAUUGGUCUCACAGUGGCUUUGAAAUUCGAAGGGGCCGGUCUCACGUCCAUUUUGCGAAAAGCCUUUGAUAUCUUCUUUUCCUUCGUCUUUCAAAUUACCAUCUUCAACGAUAUUCCUGGGAUCUUCAGCGUGCUUGGAGCCAUCCUCAUUUCUAUCGUAAUCAUCGGGUCUGGCAUCAAAAAAAUUGUUGAUAGCCUCUCAGCAGAUCAUUGGAUCAAAGUGGAUUAUCUGGCAACCUGUUAUCCGCCUCAAAAUCCUCAAAGUCCUCAUACUAAUGAGGAAGCACCAACACCAAUUGCCAAUAAUGGACAAAGAAGUCAAGUGCCAACAGAACCCCAAACCAAGUGCUCAAAAUUGUGAUCCCAGGCACGGUUCGUCUCGUCUUUCUCUCUUUUCUCUGUCAUAAUGAUCAUUAAACCAGCCAUCCAACCAA